GUGUAUUUACCCCUGUGAUUACCUGAGUUGGUACAGUCCUUGUAUUCGGUGACGUGCAAGCUCUCUCUGUGUAGUUACCAGAAGGAUAGCACAACAAUAAAGAGAUACGAAUUUAGUCUGAGCCUCCUCUGUUCAUUAAGACAUUACAACUGGCGACAAGGAUACUUUUCGGAGGAGAGACGACGUCAAGUAUCAGUACUAGUGAGUACAAUGGCUCAGGUUGGCAAAAUAGAUGACUUCAGACCAGAGGUUGAGCCAUGGACAGCUUAUAUCGAGUGUCUGGAGCAGUACCUGGAAGCUAACGAUAUUGACAAAGAAAAGCACGUGGCGGUGUUGCUAAGUGUAAUGGGUGCUAAAGCAUACGGACUUUUACGAAACUUAGUACAGCCUGAAAAACCAAAAGACAAGACAUUUGGCGAGAUUGUGGACAUUUUGAAAGAACACUAUGAACCCAAGCCCAUAUUAGUUGCUGAACGUUUCCGUUUUAAUAGAUGCAACCAAAAGACGAGUCAGACUGUUGCCCAGUAUGUCGCAGAGCUAAAACAACAAGCAGCUAACUGUGAUUGUGGUGCGUCGCUGGAUUCGGCACUGAGGGACCGGUUCGUAAGUGGAAUUAAAAACGAAGCGUGCCAGAGGAGGUUACUUUCAGAGGACCGGCUGACCUUCGCCAAAGCUUUUGAGAUUGCUCUCAAUAUGGAGACUGCAGACAGAGACACUCGACAGCUUAGAGGCGCGGAGGGUGAAUGGACUAGUGAGGCAAACAUUCACAAGGUGAGGCCAGUAAAAACAAAUAUGUGCUACAGAUGCAAAGGAAAAAAUCACAAUGCAAAUGAAUGUCAUUUCAAAGAGACUAAAUACCAUAAUUGUGGGAAGAUUGGACACAUUAGGAAAGCAUGUCGAACUAAAGUGCAAAAGAGUCAUGAAAAGAAAAAGAAUGUGCCAAGCAGGAGCAGCAGAGAGACAAAGUAUGUGACAGCUGAGGAAGACCCAGAAGAGGAGUUAGCCAUUUUGACUGUUAAUGCUGAAGAUGAUGAACGAUAUAAAGCAACAUUUGCAAUAGACAAUGUUGAUUUGGAAAUGGAAAUUGAUACAGGAGCAGCAAAAAGUGUCAUUUCACAUUCUACAUACUUGAAAAAGUUCUCUCACCUGCCUUUGCAGCCAGCUAAAGUGAAGCUCAAAGCUUACAAUGGAGGACGUAUUUGUGUUUUGGGACAGCUUGUAGCAAAAGUGGUGUAUGAAGACCAAGCUGCAGAUUUGCCACUGUUGGUUGUUAAGGGACAUGGCGCAUCACUGUGUGGAAGGAACUGGUUGACAAAACUUCAGCUUAACUGGCAGCAGAUUAAGUAAGUGGGUGAGCCAAAACACCUAUCACUCAAUGAGCUUUUGGAUACUUACAGUGAUGUAUUCAAGGAGGAGUUAGGCACAUUGAAAGACAUUAAAUCUACCAUCGUGG